ACUUUAAAAUAACGAAAUAAUUCGUCAUGGAUGUGUAAAAAAAAUUAAAAAAAACAAUUCAGAAAAUUAUAAACUGCUGGUGGCACUUCAGUCUUGGCAUUAAUUUUUGCUCCUUUGCAGUUUUGGUCUAUGCCUAUUGCCGUUUUGGUCUGUUGCCGUUUUGGUCAUUGCCGUUUUGGUUUUUUGCUGUUUUGUACAGAAACCUUAGACUAGCCCAAGCCACCUAGAGCCAGGUACUACUUGCCUAGAGAGUCUAGGCCUGGCCCUAGCUAGGUAGGGCCAGAGGCCUAACUAUUGUUUUUAUUCCUCGAUGUCAAGUCUCAAAUGAGAGAUCCUUCCGAGUAGGCUUAGAGCUUGGUCGGAGAGGUUAGUUACAGUUAGGCCUACUACUAAUACUGUCACUGUCAGCCAUUCUGCAAUCCUGAUAUCCUACUUCAUACAGUGGCAGAUCUAGGAUUUUGAAAUAGAGGGGGCCCAUGGAGGGACCUUGACAGAUGGAGGGUCUAUACCACCGCACCACUAUGGUUGGGGCUGGGGUAAAAUUUACGAUAAUGUCACCUUUAGGCUAGAUGACCAGAAAUGGCACUCUUAAAUUUGAAUGUAAUUUUUCUCCAAUUUUUUACAAUUCUGAAAAAUUUAGUUGGGGCCCGGGCCAACUGGGUCCCAUUGUGUGUCAUAGCGUUUAACCUAGUAUUGUGAGAGUGAGGUUUAUGUAGUAUGGUGAUUUGAAUGACUAUUGAUGAAGAUUUUUUUGUUACGUGGCUUGAUCAAUAUAUUUGUGUUGUCGGUUGAUUGAAAAAUAAUUUUUAAAAAGGUAUUAAGAAAUCAUUGAAAUAUCGUCGGCCGUCAUGUAAGCAGGCAUGUGCCCAGAGAUGUACUUCAAAGAAUCAGCAGGAUACAAGACUUUAAAAUGACCACCGAGUGUGAACCCGCAAAACGUGUUCGCAUUCUGGCUGACUAUGGAGCGUCAGUUGAAGUUGAUGGUACCGUUCCUGUGAGAAGAUAUCUUCGCUCCGGACAGGAAAUGAUGAGAAUGGCAGACGUUUAUUAUGAAGAACGCAAUUGGGAACAUGCUUUUGUUUUAUACACAAAGUAUAUAACAAUCUUUGUUGAAAAAUUACCAAAACACCCAGGUUAUAACCAAGUCAAAUCAACAGAAAUAAAGAAAACUAUGAAGAUGAUUAAAUUAGCCUUUCCAAGAGCAGAGGAAACUAAAGGAAACUUACUGGACAAAUACCAAAAAGAAUUUGAAAUAUACCAGAAAGAGAAGCAAAAAGAACAAGAGGAAGAAGAGAGAAGAAGAGAGGAACAUAGAAGAAAAUUAGAGGAAGAGAAAAGAAUCCGAGAAGAAGAGGAGGCAGCAUUAGAACAAGAAAGAAAGAGGAUAGAAGAUGAAAAAGCUAAGCAAAUAACAGAGGAACAGCAUAGGCUAUUAGAGGAGCAGAAAAUGGCUCUCAAGCAAGCCGAGGAACAACAAAAAAUACUUCAACAGCAGAGAGCUGCACAAAUAGAAAAGGAAAGAAUGGCUGAAAUGGAGAAGAGAAAGCCCCCGGUUGUAAUACCUUCCCCUGGGCUACCUUCUGCAAUGAACUCUCCUCUCGCUGGCCAGAAUACUGUGAAUUUCAAUUCUGCAGGAGGGGUACCGUCCUCAUCCCCUAUGCCUGGUGCGAUACCAAUUCCUGGUAUGGUACAACCAAGUGCACCACCAGUGCCAAAUGACAGUGUUCCAUCUCCUUCUGCGGCGCCUCAAGUUGAUCGUUCAAAAAAAAUAGACAGAAGUAGCAAACCAAACCAUUUAAUGCAGCCAACGCCUGCACCAAUCAAUCACUAUGGUCUGCGCGAUGUUUUUGUUCCUCUUGAUGCUGUCCCAAAGUUUCUGGCGAUAGCAAAACCGAACACAGGUCAGAACCUGGAGACAUGCGGCAUAUUAGCGGGGAAGCUGGCUCGCAAUGCAUUCAGCAUAACACACAUUGUGAUACCUAAGCAGACUUCAACAUCAGAUUCUUGCACCGCCCUCAACGAGGAAGAAAUAUUUGAUUGUAUGGAUAAUAAUGACCUUGUGACCCUUGGCUGGAUCCAUACGCACCCAACUCAGACCGCCUUCAUGUCUAGUAUUGAUCUACAUACCCACUGUCCCUAUCAGAUAAUGUUGUCAGAAGCUAUUGCAAUUGUCUGCGCACCAGCACACAAUGAGACUGGAGUGUUCUCCCUAACCCCAGAUUACGGACUAAACUAUAUUGCAUCAUGUAAAGAAAAAGGUUUUCAUCCGCAUCCUAAACAUCCUUCAUUAUAUGAAGAACUGAACCAUGUAAAAAUAAGAGGUGACCUUUCAACUGUGAUUAAAGACCUUAGGUGAAGUUCUGUAAUUAGGAUUAGGCCAAACAUUGAUUUAACUAUUUAUAUCUAGAUUACUGUGGACCUGGGCUUACAUAAGGUAGCAGUUGUUAAAUAUUUUUCAAGAAAAUAAUUUAACAUAAUUAAUUAUAUGAAAGAUACUAGAAAUGCAAGUUCAAACUCUCCACAGAUGAAAACUUUAUCACAGAAUUGCCUGAUGGCUAUACUGUACUAUGUAAGUUUGUUUAUCAUUUCAUGGGGCACAGUGUAAGAUGGGACAUCAACAAAUGUAAAUUGUCAUUAUUGUAAAUGGAAGGGCGCCGGGUACAUCUGGAUAUGCGUAAAAGGUAUGAUGUUUAUCCACUCCACUUUGGCUGUGCAAGAUCUGUCUCCUGUUUUUAGUAUCUUUGAUUAUAUUAAGAUAAUAAUAAUAAUAAUAAUUUUGGCUUAUAUAGCGCAUUAUGCUAAAGCCUCAAUGCGCUUAACAGUAAAAAUAAAAUUCGGGUAAAUGUUUUAAAAUAAUAUCGUAAAUGUUCCAAUAAGCCCUAUGGCACUUGAAAUGUUUAAAGGCUUUAGUGCGGCACUUUUUGUAAAGCGCUGUUUAUUACAAAUUUCUGUAGUGCUAAAAUGGUACCAUGUAUUGUACAUAGACAUAUCUGACUUGUAUUGUUGUAACUUUGGUAGUAUUUACUGCAUGAGGUCUGUUAUUUAACAGCAUCUCAAAUGACACAAAACAUCAGAGAAUGUUUGGUAUGUACUCCAAUUAAGCACUGCAACAUAUAUAUUCGAAAUAGAAUACAUCUCUAGCAAAUGCUUGCCACACUUAUUCAAGAGUGAUGCUUGGUAAAACAAAUUGCUUUUGUGUGGCGUUUAUUUGGCGGAUAUGCUAAUUCAAAAGAGGAACUUAUUGGAUUAUUUAUGGUGAAAUAUUUCCUGUAAACUGGAAGAGUAUUACAUCUCAACAAAAACUUUGAAAUACGUCUGUCAGAAAAGUCGACCGUUAUAAGGUCAAGUUUAAUGGAUAAAUUUGUUUAAUAUGCAAUAAUAAACAAUUAAAUUGUGUUUCAUAUCAAUUUUUUAUAUUCUUCAUCAGAUUGUUUUUAAACAAUUUGAAUUUCAUAAUAUGGAGAAGAAUGUAAACACAACAUUUAGGUAAUUAACUUUCUUUAUUAACUUAUUUUAGCUAAUGUUUUAUAUAUUUCAAUCAAAAAGUAUGUGAGGAAAGAAGAUUUAGCAAAAUGAAACGAAAAAGUGUUUUAUGUACAUGUAAAAGUUUAUUCAUAAACAGUUAGAAAUGUAUAUAAUAAUAAUAAAAUAAUUGUGAUUCAUAAAAGUGAUGGGUGCACGUAUAUCCUGGUGAAUAUAUGGUAAAACGUAGUCAAUGAAAAAAUAUUGCUACAGUAGGCAGUUGAUGUUUUCUCAAGAUAUAAUUUAUUAUCCAAAUUCUUCAGCCUAAUGCCAACUGAAUAUGAAGUCGGGGUUGUAGCAUAAACCAGAAACAAGGUAAUCAGUAUGAAGAUCUGGCAUAAUAAAGAGAACAUUUUAUAAGUCA